CUUCAAACAAAGAGUUAACAGAAACAUUUAACAAAAUAUAAGAUAUGUGAUAGACUGGAACAGAGUUAACAUUAUUUUAUUCAUGAAUAUAAAUGUUGUCAUUGGAGAAUGCCUUAAAUGUUUUUGAGCCUAAAUAUAAAAAAUAAAUAAAAUGCAACGUGUUAUUGUGAUGAUUUGUGAUGAUGGGUUCGAAAACUUAAAGUAAUCUUCAUACAUAAAAAAGAAUCUCCAGUAACCAGAUUCAGCUACAGAGUGAGUCAUCACCUCAAAUAGACGAUCUCUGGUGGUCGUCUCGGCUACAGCUGCCGUGAAUCGGCUGUGAAGGAGCAGACGCGAGGAGAAGAAGUGUGAAACCUGCAGCUGUCGGGGGGCCGCAGGAUAAGACUCAUGGAUCAACCCGAAACCACGCACCUGUAGCACCGACCAGGCCGCUCCAGAGCCGCAGGACGGGCGGAGGAGAAACUUUACGCACCGCCGCUGCAGAGGACCGAGACCGCGGAGGGCAUUCCUCCAGGUCCACUCCCUGCUGGAAGUAAAACAUGUGGCUGAACCCGGAGGAAGUUCUGCUGAAAAACGCUCUGAAGCUCUGGGUGACCGAGAGGAGCAACGACUUCUUCCUCCUGCAGAGGAGGAGAGGUCACGGGGAGCCGACGGGACGGAUCACAGGUCUGCUGGUGGGGGCUCUGGACACGGUGCUGGACUCCAAUGCCCGGGUCUCACCCUUCCGCGUCCUCCUCCAGGUCCCCGGCUCCCAGAUCAGCUGGGUCAUCGCCAGCGGAGCUGCCGUAGAGGAGGUGAACAAGCACUGGGACUGGCUGGUCCACAACCUGCUUCACUCUCUGUCUGUGUUUGAGAAUAAAGAGGAUGUGGCCAGCUUUGUCAAAGGAAAAGUCAGGGGCCUCAUUGCCGAGGAGGUCGGGGGUCGCCAGGCCGCCCAGGAGGACGAGCCGGACAAGUUCAGGGAGGCGCUGCUGAAGUUCGAGCUGCACUUCGGCCUCCCGUCGUCGGAGAAGCUGGUGACGUACUACUCCUGCUGCUGCUGGAAGGGCCGGGUGCCUCGGCAGGGCUUCCUCUACCUCAGCAUCAACCACGCGGCCUUCUACUCCUUCCUGCUGGGGAAGGAAGUGAAGUUGGUGAUUCCCUGGGCGGAGGUGACGCGGUUGGAGCGGGUCUCCACCGGUCUGAUGACGGAGGCCGUCCGGAUCAACACGCGGCGGCGGCAGAGGGAGUUCUCGAUGUUCCUGAACCCGGACGAGGCGUUCGGGGUCAUAGGUCAGCUGGCUGACAUCGCCAUCAGGCGGCUGCUGGACAGCGAGGGCCUGGAGAUAGACCGAGUCCUGCAGCAGCCGGCCCGCAUCACCAAGAGGAUCCUGGAGGAGCAGGCUUUGAGGGAGUAUGUCCUGGCUCUGUUCCGGCUCCCUCGUGGUGAGCGGCUCCACGAGGUGGCCUCGUGUUCGAUGUGGACCCCUCACGCACGCUGCCACACAGCCGGGACCCUCUACACCACCGACGGCUACCUGUGCUUCUCCGGCCGAGAGGAAGGCAGCUGCAUGCUCCUCAUCCCGCUGUCAGAGGUGUUGUCCGUAGAGAAGGCGGAGAGCACCAGCCUGCUUCCGAACCCCGUCAUAGUGAGCGUCCGGACGAAGAAGGCCUUCCAGCUGAUCGAGCUGCAGGACCGAGACGAGCUGGUGGAGAACCUGAACUCCAGACUCCGAGCUCUGCAGUGGAAACGCUCCAUGUUCCGCAGCAGGAGGGACGGCAAGAGGAGCGUGGUGCGUCUACGGUUACAGAGCACUCCUCAGUCGAUGAACAUCCUGGCGUCGGUGCUGCUGCUCUACGCUAAAGAAGAAGAAGCUUUCUGGCUGCUGGUGGCCGUUUGUGAGAGGAUGCUGCCGGACUACUUCAACCGCAGGGUCAUAGGAGCUCAGGUGGACCAGUCAGUGUUCGAGCAGCUGAUCCGGGAGCGUUUGCCGGAGCUGGCCGAACACGUGCCGGACCUCUCCACUCUCUCCUCCGUCUCCCUCUCCUGGUUCCUCACCCUCUUCCUCAGCGUCCUUCCCUUCCACAGCGCCGUCUGCGUGGUCGACUGCUUCUUCUUCCACGGGAUCAAAGCCAUCUUCCAGCUCGGGCUGGCGGCGCUGGAGGCCAACGCCGCGCAGCUCUCCGCCAGCACGGACGACGGACAGGCCCUCAUGAUUCUCACAGGUUUUCUGGAUCAGGUUGGAAGUGAAGAGUCGUCGUGUCCUCCGUCUUCGCCGCCUGCUGCAGAGACCAGCACCACCAGCACCACCAGCAGCACCACCACCAGCACCACCACCAGCACCAGCAGCGGCACCGAUAUUCCCGCUGUGAGAAACACAAACAUCAGCGACCUCAUCAACGAGUCCUACGAGAAAUUCGGAGACCUCACGGUGAGGCAGAUCGAGAGGCUUCGCUGUCGACACAGAAUCCAAGUGCUGCAGGCUCACGAGGACACCACCAAAGACAACGCCUUGAGGGUGGUGACUCCAGAUGUUUCCAUGUCUCCAGAGAACCUGUCUGAUGUUUACGACCUCUUCAAGACGGAGCACUUCAUCAGUCUGUACUGGGGCGACAGCAGCUCGGCGGUGGCGGCGGAGGCGGCGGCGUGGUGUCACGGCGACUCCGGUCGCUCCUACGUGGAGCGGCAGUACCGGCUGGACCGGCCACAGUUCAAGAGCCUUUACGGGCUGCUGGUGCCGUGGCCCGGAGACUCCAACCAGCACGCCGACACGCUGGCCAACCGCACCUUCACCCUGCUGGACCAGGACUGUGACAGCCUGGUCACCUUCAGGGAGUUUGCAGGCUGGCUGGACACUUUGUACUGUGAAGAGCUGAAUGAGAAGAUACGGCUGCUCUACCGUCUGCACAUCCCACCAGCUCUGACUGAGAGUGAGGAUGACCCCUCCCUGAUGAAGAGCCCCCUGAUGUCCUCAAACAGACCCCUCUGUGUUAAUCUACCCUCUGGUGUUGAAGGCGAGCAGACGGAUUACCAGGAGCAGCUGAAGCAGAUGCUGAAGGAUCUGGUGAAAGAGAGGGAGCGAGAUGUGGAGAAACCUCUGCCCCUCAUGAACCAGCGCCAGUUCAUCCAGUUCUGUAAAACGCUCUACAGCAUGUUCCACGGCGACCCGGAGGAGAACGAGCUCUUCCAGGCCAUCGCCACCGUGACGAGUCUCGUGCUGCAGAUCGGUGAGGCCGGCCACCGCGGCCCCGGCUCGGGGUCGGAGGUCACCACCACCGAGGACGACGGCAGCGAGUGGACGGUCAGCUACGCUCAGAUCCUGGCGUCGCUGCUCACCGAACAGGCGCUGGUGAACUUCUUCGAAGAGCCGGUGAAUCUGUGUUUGAAGGUGGCGGCGGCCAAAGUGAAGCAGUACCACCAGCGGGCGGGUUUGCUCUCUCUGCAGCAGGGGAGCAGGUGACUCAUUUCACCACAACGUCAGAUCAUCCGACACAAUGUGACCGAACGGAAGCUUCAAGUUCACUGUGACAUUUACUGGAUCAGGAGUAACACUGGACUCUUUGUCCUGGAACUGACAAACACAAAGGAGUCAGAAUUCAAUCAACACAUCGACGGCAGCGUCAGAAGACGGCUUUGUGCUCUGAGGAGAAACUGUAAUUAUUGCCUCCUAACGUCACCACGAUGAGGCCUGAUGUUAAACUCUCUAACGAGGCGCCGUUCAAAACAAAUGUUUUAUAAGUUGUGACUAAUUACUUUAUUAAAGGUCGAUCAAUAAUAAUUUACUAAUUCUGUAGAAGCCAUUAAUAACUUGCCAGGUUGUGAAACAUCUCUGGUGACUCAUUCAUAAGUUCAUUAAUAAAAGGUGACGAGUGUCUCACUUCCUAAUUAGCCUAAAAUGUAUAAAUAUCAUUAGUGUGUUUUGCACAUUUCUUACUUCAUAGGAAGCGACAGACAAAGUUAUUAAAUAAUCUGUAGUUAAAAAUGUAAAUGAAUUGAGAUUAAAGUGUUUGUUUUUUUUUUUAAUCGUAAAUGUUAAUAAAUACCUUUUGAUCCAGAAGGUCAGAGGUGAAGCGCUCCAUGUUGAGCGGGUUACCUGAUAAACCACAGCUGGAGGAGAUUUACACAACCUGGCAACCCAAAGAAUGUCUCCUAUUACUCGCUUAUAACUGAUAAAGGCGUUAAUUAUAACUCGCCGUGUGAAUCUGUUAUAUUAUUAUUGUAAAAGGUGCCUUAUUGGGAAGUCGAGCCGAUAAUCCUCACAAAGAACGAACAAAUCUAGCGUGCAGAUCUUUUGUAUGGAUUUUGUAAACGUCUGUUUCUUUAAUAUUAAAUGAUUUCAAAUACAC